AUGGCUUUCGGUUCGGUUCUGCCGCCGCUGAUGGGUGCACCGCAGCUGCCGUUAUCGCCUCGACCUUUGACCGCCGACGUGGCCGCGUCAUCGCCGCGCCGCCGAGUGCCCCCCGCGGUCGUCUCUUAUAACCGUAGCGCGCGCGCCCCUCCCCUUUCCACCGUCGGACCCUACAACUGCUGCCGCGUCUCGGCCGCCGUCGUGAAGCUCGGGCACAUCACGGCCGCUGUUCCUGGCUACUCGGGUCUCGCGAUGUGGCUGAGUCCCGUAUAA